UUUUGCUUUUGACGUGAGAAGGAGGGGAGGCGCGGGACGGUGGGUGGGCAGAGAGUGAGCUUGUUGCGGUUCGAUCAGUGUGGAGUGACAUCAGUCUGACGCGGAUUGUUGGAUUGCACGGAAGGCGCGAUUGUUUGCUGCUGUUCCUGUUCACGCGGCAGAAACGGUCUCAGAAACUGUUAAGAAUAAUAAUAAAUACUGUAGAGAGUGAUAUUCUGGUUAGAAUUGUCUGUGUAUCCUGCAAGAAAGUGCCACAGUAUCCACACACUUUAUCAAUGAUGUACAUUUUUAUUCAGCAUCUUGGUUAACAUCGCGAGAAAGACAAUCCGGAUAUUUUGUAAAAAAGUGAAAUUCAAUGGUGACGUUCUUUCUCACCGCAAUUCCAAUGUGUUGGGGACUUUUCGACAGCGGCGAAGAGGGGCACUUGAGACACGCCAAAAUCGUGCAAAAUUAUUCACAUCGGAGCCUUUGGGCGAAUUUCUGAAUCUCUGAUGGAAGGGUGGUUGUAUCCACUGAGAAUUCCACCCAUCCAGCAUUGGCCAUUGGCCUAUUGCUUCGAUCCCGAGCGACGACAUCAUCUGUGGAGGAGCAAGAGUAGCCACACGAAAGUCACAGCGCGAUCAUUGGGGACGAGGCGUGGUUCACAAAUCAUUCCAUUGAAUGCCAAAGCGGAGCUGAGGAAGAAGCUGUACAUAUUGGCCACUCUGCACACCGAAUCCACCAUCCUCAAGUUGGCCAAUUGAUCGUGAGUGCGGGUGUUCCAAAUGUCACCACUGUGGGAGGACCAUAAGAAGAGCCUGAGUGCAAGGAUUCUCUGUGAAAGUGCACGUCAAAGAACGCAAUCGAUCAAUCAAGUGUCUUAACUAAGUGUCCUUAGCGUGAAGAUUGAGUUUACUUAUAUAAUUUCCCUUUCUAUCAGUUGGUGCAGUGCACUUUGUGGACUAUUAGUUUCUUUUUCCUUCUCGUGGGAUCAAGUUCGUGUGUUUAGGGCGAAGUGAAGAAAUUUGCAAAAAUAUAGUUCCUCAUAUGCUGUAGUCUGUAAGACAAAUAAGAAAUAAGUGCGUGCCUCAAUUGUGACGAGAGACAUUCAAGAACCACCAGAGUUCCCACCGAGUUCGAGUGCGUCAACCACAACAUGGGAAAGAAAGUUCAGGCUCCAAUUCAGCAGCAAAACGAACGUAGAAUACGAGCAAACGAUAGAGAAUACAAUUCACAAUUCAAAUACGCUAAUAAUUACAUCAAAACGUCCAAAUAUACACUUCUCACGUUUCUACCAUUGAAUCUCUUGGAGCAAUUUCAACGUCUUGCCAAUUUUUAUUUCCUCUGUCUCUUGGUACUCCAAUUGAUACCCGCAAUAUCAUCAUUGACGCCAAUAACCACGGCGAUACCGCUAAUUGGUGUAUUGAUGCUGACAGCGGUGAAGGAUGCAUAUGACGAUAUUCAACGACACAUGUCGGAUUCGCAUGUGAACAAUCGCAAAUCGAAGACACUGCGAAAUGGCAAGCUGGUGGAUGAGCGAUGGUCAGGAGUGCAAGUGGGCGACAUCAUCCGGAUGGAGAACAAUCAGUUUGUCGCCGCGGACAUUCUGCUGCUGUCAUCGAGUGAGCCCAACGGGCUGUGCUUCAUCGAGACGGCAGAGUUGGAUGGUGAGACGAAUCUGAAGUGCAAGCAGUGCCUCGUGGAGACGGCAGAGAUGAGUCAGCACGAUGAAUUGCUGGGGAAGUUUAACGGGGAGAUCGUGUGUGAGCCGCCAAAUAAUCUGCUGAACAAGUUCGAGGGGACACUGAUGUGGAAGGGACAGAAGUUUUCGCUGGACAAUGAGAAGAUUCUGCUGCGCGGAUGCGUCCUCAGGAAUACGCAGUGGUGCUAUGGAGUUGUAGUGUUUGCCGGCAAGGAUACGAAGCUGAUGCAGAACUCGGGAAAGACCAAAUUUAAAAGUACAAGCAUCGAUAGAUUACUCAAUUUUAUUAUUAUUGGUAUUGUGUUUUUUCUCCUCUCCAUUUGUGCUUUCUGUACCGUCGCUUGUGCAAUAUGGGAAGGACUCGUUGGACAGUAUUUCCAGAAGUACCUACCGUGGCCGUCUAUUAUUCCCAAUGGUACAAUUCAAGGAGCCACCGUGAUUGGUUUACUAGUAUUUUUUUCAUAUGCUAUCGUUUUAAAUACGGUUGUGCCAAUAUCUCUCUACGUUUCAGUAGAGGUAAUAAGAUUUGCCCAGUCAUUCCUGAUAAAUUGGGACGAGAAGAUGCACCACAAGAAGACCAACACGUCGGCCAAGGCGAGGACAACGACGCUGAAUGAGGAGCUGGGACAGAUUCAGUACAUCUUCUCAGACAAGACAGGGACACUCACGCAGAAUAUUAUGACGUUCAACAAGUGCAGCAUCAAUGGCAAGUCAUAUGGUGAUGUUGUGGACACGAGAACGGGUGAAAUUGUCGAUUUGGCUGAUCCCCCAUUCGCGGGCGGAGCGUCAAUUGUGGUGGCAUGCGGUGGGCGAAAGGCAUCGCAAGUUGUUGGUGCGAGGAUGGCGGCCAAGUACCGCAAGGCAUCGGCAAAUGUGGUGCACAACAACAAUCGUCAGCAUUCACACCAACCCAAAUUGCCUCUGCAAAUCAAUUACAAUCCAAACGACACUUUUACGCACACAAUCCCCAAUUCUGGACUCAAUCACCACGAGGGAGUGCAUGUUGCAGAUCCCAUAGAUUUCUCCUUUAAUCCUGAGUUUGAGCCAGAAUUCAAGUGGUAUGACCAGAAUCUGUUGGACGCCGUGAAGAUUGAUGAGGAGAAUGUGCACAAAUUUUUCCGAUUGCUCGCUCUGUGUCACACUGUGAUGCCUGAGGAUAAGAAUGGACGUCUUGAGUAUCAAGCUCAGAGUCCCGAUGAAUCGGCCCUCGUCUCGGCGGCGAGGAAUUUUGGCUUUGUCUUCAAACACCGAACACCAAAUACGAUAACUAUUGAAAUCAAAGGGAGCGUUGAGGAGUACGAGUUGUUGAGCAUUUUAGAUUUUAAUAAUGUUAGGAAGCGAAUGUCCGUGAUUGUUCGACGCAACAAUAAAAUACUGCUUCUCUGCAAGGGAGCUGACAAUGUGAUAUACGAUAGAUUGGGACCGGAUCAGAUUGAAAUGAAGGCGAGGACGCAGGAACAUUUGAAUAAGUUCGCCGGGGAGGGUCUUAGAACGCUGGUGCUGGCCGAGAGGUAUUUGGAUCAGGAGUUCUUCAAUGGAUGGCGAGCACGUCAACAGGAGGCCGCACUGUCGAUGGACGGGCGAGAGGACAAAUUGGGCGCAAUUUAUGAGGAGAUUGAGUGUGACAUGAUGCUGGUGGGCGUCACGGCGAUUGAGGACAAAUUGCAGGAUGGAGUGCCACAGACCAUUGCCAAUCUGCAGACGGCGGGCAUAAAGAUUUGGGUGCUGACUGGUGACAAGCAAGAGACGGCCAUCAAUAUUGGCUACUCAUGCCAAUUGCUGACCGACGAACUGGUGGACGUGUUUGUGGUGGACGGUGUGACACUGGACGAGGUGGAGCAGCAACUCAGGAAGUUCAAGGAAUCCAUCAAGAUAAUCAACACCUAUCAUCCGGGUGGCGUCUACCACAAUAACAUCGCCACUGCAAAUGGUGGAAACAACUCCACUGUGACCAUUGAAAAUCUACGCCACAAUGCAGCUCCACCCGCAAUCUCCGUCGUCACUUUUAGGUGGGACUCAAAUAAGCGAAAUAGGGGCGCACCAGACAGUGCUGAGUGCGAUCAGAUCUUCGAUGGGGGUGAAAAGGGACCGGCGGCAACUUCGACGGGUGCGACGGACCUCGAUGAGAAUACGGGUUUCGCCAUUGUGAUCAAUGGACACUCUCUGGUGCAUUGUUUGUCACCGGAACUGGAGGAUCGCUUCCUGGACGUUGCGUCCAACUGCAAAGCCGUGAUCUGUUGUCGUGUCACGCCAUUGCAGAAGGCCAUGGUCAUCGAAUUGAUAAAACGUGCCAAAAAUGCCGUCACUUUGGCCAUCGGGGAUGGCGCUAAUGAUGUUUCAAUGAUCAAAGCUGCCCACAUUGGUGUCGGCAUUUCGGGUCAGGAGGGAAUGCAAGCGGUCCUGGCCAGUGACUACUCGAUCGCCCAGUUUCGCUACCUGGAACGCCUCCUACUCGUCCACGGCAGAUGGUCAUACUAUCGCAUGUGCAAAUUCCUGCGAUAUUUUUUCUACAAGAAUUUUGCCUUUACCUUGUGCCAUUUCUGGUUCGCCUUCUUCUGUGGCUUCAGCGCACAGACGGUGUUCGAUCCAAUGUUCAUCUCCGUGUACAAUCUGUUCUACACAUCACUCCCAGUGUUGGCUUUGGGUGUCUUUGAGCAGGACGUGUCGGAUAAGAACAGCCUUGAGUAUCCCAAACUCUACACGCCUGGAAUCAUGAACUCUCUGUUCAACACCACCGAAUUCAUCCGGAGCGUUCUGCACGGUAUCUUCAGCUCACUCGUCCUCUUUCUCAUUCCCUACGGAACGUACAAGGAUGGAGUGUCGCCCGAUGGCUUCGUUCUCAGUGAUCACAUGCUUCUGGGCUCCGUGGUGGCGACCAUUCUCAUUCUGGACAACACGGCGCAGAUUGCCCUGGACACUUCGUACUGGACAGUGUUCAAUCACAUCAUGGUGUGGGGCAGCGUCGUGACGUACUUUGUGCUGGACUACUUCUACAACUACGUAAUUGGCGGUCCGUAUGUGGGAUCCUUGACACAAGCGAUGAAGGAGCCCACGUUCUGGUUCACCACUCUCAUCUCUGUGCUGAUGCUGAUGGUGCCCGUGAUGGCGUUCCGCUUCUACUUCGUCGAUGUGUACCCAAGUCUGUCGGACAAGGUGCGACUGAAGCAGCGAAUGGCCCAGAUGCGAUCCAGACAGUCGACAGAUGUGCUCAGAACACCGUCAGCGCGACGAGCAAGACGAUCUCUGCGAUCAGGCUAUGCAUUUGCACACCAGGAGGGCUUUGGGCGACUUAUCACAUCUGGGAAGAUUAUGCGAAAACUGCCACAGGACUUCGCCUUUCCGCUGGGAUUGGGCAGCAGUCGGAAGCAGCACGCGAUCAACCAUCAGGACUCGGUGAAUCACAACAAUCACAGCAAGCAACAGCAGCAGCAUGUGAAUCUGCCGGGCAGUUCCAACGGCGGCGACGCUAGUCCACGAGCUCCUUGUCAGGACUUGGAUACCAUAAAUUUGUAGUUUUGUAUACGCUUUGUCACAUACACACACACACACAUAAACACACACUUUCUGGGAUGGGAAAUUGGAGGUAGUUUUCUAGAGCUCCACAUUUUGAAGGGGGGAACUUAAUAACUUUCUCUAUCGUCUUUAUGGUUAAUCGCUGUAUAUAAUGGCGAGGUUAAACUCUCUUUUGUGAUUUUAGUUUGUAGUGAGAGAAGCGCUGAAGAAGCUUAUUUUUGUUACUUGUACAUUACUUUUCUAUCUAGUGGUUUUUAAUAAUGAAAUACAGAAUUAUGUGGCAAAGGAGAAGAUGUAGGAUAGAUAUUUUUCCUUUUAUAUUGCAUACAUGAAAUGUGGAAUUAUUUAUUGUCAAGUCUCACACACCCACACACACACACUUCUCACAAAAAAUGUAUUUCCCUUCACGCCUUCACGAGAGAGAGAGAGAGAGAGGAGAAGAAAUCGAGAAAUCCUUUAAGAAUAGAAGUCACUCUGAAGAAGCCUUGUAUAAGUUGUUAUUAGGUAUUAGAGAAAACAUGAAGUAUUUGCUCUUUAUGAUGAUGAUACUUGAUUGUAAAGAGGAACAGGAACAAUGAGAAAUUCCUUUCUUUUUGAGAAUAUCUCUCAAACACGAAAUAGUGUUUACUCAGGAAUUGAAAACAGUUGAUGCUACUUGGCAAAUUGUUGUUCUUUUAUAAGCGAAACGGAAGCGAUUAAAGAAUAAGUGAGGAAUUAUUAAAUGUUACAUACAUAAUUUCAACA